AUGGAGGAGGUCGAGGGAGCCAUGGCUGGGCCACAAAAGGUCAUGACCUACGAGGAGGUGAAGAAAAUAUGCAGAGAAAGCAACCUGUACGAAACGGACGAGUUGAACGAAGUUUUGUACCUGCACAUGAAGGGCUUCCACAACAUCGGCGGCUUGGCAUCCUUCUCCAACCUAAAGUGCCUCUUCCUCAACAACAACUGCAUAAAGGAGAUUAACAACCUGGGUAGUCUCUCCAACCUGAGAGCCCUGUACCUCCAAAACAAUGACAUCAGUUCCAUCGGAAACAUCGAUUGCACAUCUCUGGUGAUUCUCAACUUAGCCAACAACAAAAUUAAGAGACUUGGGAACCUGGGCCAUCUCAAGGGGCUCCAAACGUUGAAUGUAUCUCACAACCUUAUCGAAGCGAUCGAGGACAUCGCCGAAGUUGGUAAACUGCAGAACCUCUCCCACCUGGACCUCUCGGACAAUCACCUGAACUUCCACGAUGGGAUAGACGCGGACAGACUGAAGGAUUUUUUGCAGGACGUGGAGGGGGGGGGCUCUUCUUCUGGUGGAUUUCACCAUUUGGGCAAAGAGGACAAGCAGGCAACGCGACUGGACGAGGCUAUCACCCCCCUUGGUGGAGUUACCCCCCUUGAUGGAUCCACCCCCCUUGAUGGAUCCACCCCCCAUGAUGGAGUUACCCCCCUUGAUGGGUCCACCUCCCUUGAUGGAGUUACCCCCCUUGAUGGGUCCACCCCCCUUGAUGAAUUCCUGCACCUCCGUGAGGACUCCCCAGAGGACGGGUGCGAAAAGGAACCCCCCCAAUAUGUGAAGUACCACCAGAAGGUCGAGUCGAUGGACCAGCUGACACGAAAGAAAAUUAUUUUCCUGUGCCAACUGAUCAUUCUGUUAAGACAGCUGGGGAAGUUAAGAACUCUCCUCGUUAAGAACAACCCCUUCGUCAGCAAAAUCAGGCACGCCUCUAGGUACCUCGUUGCCAACAUCCCCAACCUGGUCUUCCUUGACGACAAGAAGAUAAAGAAGGAGGACGUGUGCCUGGCGAGGAUCUUCUUGAAAAAGGGACCCGCGCAAGAAAUGGAACUCAAAAAAAUAUUUGAGAGAAAAAAAAUAGACAAGUACAAAAAUUUAUCGGAAAAAUUUCAUGCGUUUCUGAUGGCUCAAAGUGGAGGAUCCUGA